CUUUUAUAAAUUAAUUGAAAGUUGAAUUGAAAAGUGCUUCAAAAUGAAAUUUCAAGUAAUUUUAACGUUAUUCUUGGUGUUUUUUGCUGUCUUCAAAGUUGAAGGUUCAGCGAUAAGAGAAGUCGAAGAAGGCAAGGCAGGCCUAUUUUGCGAAUGCAUUGUAAAUGGUACCCCAGCGUUGUGCGAAGAUGGAACCUAUUGGAGACCCGAUGAAUGCAAUGUUUGUGUAUGUCUAGAUGGAUCGAACAUGUGCACAGGAAUAGUUUGUUAACCAGAAAUCAUGAAAACAAAUAACAAAAAUCAAGCCGACCUUUCCACCUGUUGCUGAAAUGAAAUGAACGCUUAAUCAUUCUAAUUUUACAAUCAUCCUCUGUAAUUAAAUAAAGCAGUUUUGGAUUGACGCCAAUUUCCGUUCAUCAUAUGAACCUUUUUCAAGUUCAUUUUCUAAUUAAUCAAAUAAAGUACGAUUGAAUUCAAACAAUGAAGUUUGUUGUGAUUUUUGUGUUGAUUUUAUGUGUUAUUCUCCAAACAAUUAACGGAGCGCCAUGUGAAAGGGAAAGUGUUCCGUGGCUUGAAACUGUCAAUAUAGCGGAAGGUUGUGUAUCGGGUGAAGAGAUUCAAUAUCAAUGUAAAGAAUGUAAAUGCGAUGAGAAUGGAAAAACAGCAAGUUGUCCAAAGUGGAUUAAAUGUUGCAAUAUUGGCGAUGUGUGGUCAACAAAUGCUUGCAAUAUUUGCGUUUGCAAUGAAAGCUAUCAACGAAUAUGUGAGGCAACUAAAUGUUCUUUUCAUCGAAAACCGUAGGUAAUUGUAUUCUCACCAUGUUGUUGACCUCUUCUCUCGACUUAUUUAUUAAGUAUGUGAUGUGACUUCAUAUUUAUUUAUUGCUAUUCUAAUAGAAAUGUUGUCUAAGUAGUAAAGAGUGGAUUUAUUUUUUAAAAGACUUACUCAUGCCAUUUAAGAAUAAAAUGGAGAUAGAAAAAAGAUUUUCUGCUGUAGUGAAGUCACUUCCAUCCAUCUUUCAGUUUAUUGAAUUCCAAGUGAAUCAGAUUAGUUUCGUAAGUGUUUACAAUGAACGAGAAAGUAUGUUUGGGUAUCAAAUUUGUUUUAAUGAUAUGCAACAUUGUAAAUAAUUACUCACUCAGUUAUCGUUAUUUAUCAUCAAUUCAAUAAAUAUUCUUGAGCACAUUUGUCGAUAUUUAUCUGAAUAAUUCUGUAAACAAAAUGAUUUUUGAUUCCAUUCACUUGCAUGUGGUGGAAAAUUAAAAAUGAUUGUGAUUAAAUUACUCAAUUAAACGUCAUUCUCUGACUUUAUUUUCCUCUUCUUCUUGCUUCUAUUUAUUUUUGUUUGAUUUGUGUAACUUUUUGUUUUCGGUUAUUAUUUUCCUGGGCAUUUAUUUUUUAUUUAUUUAUUUAUUUAUUUA